AUGGACGUUGCGCAGGAGACGAGCGCCCCGAAAGGCCAGGAGACCGCCGGGCGUGCCCCCAGAAUCCACAUCGACAGCGAGCGACUGCCAACUGACUCGAUGGUCACCGUUCCGCUAUCUGAGACCGAUGGUGCACCCGCCGUCGAGGACGAAGCUGUUUCGCCAGCGCUGCAGCACCCCGAGAUCACCAUCCAAGAGCACAAGAGGACCUCUUCGCGUCCGAGCUCCGCUGAGAUCAUGAGUGCGUUCGGUCGACGCGGUAGUCACGAACGGGGAAGGAGCUUGGCACUUGCCAGUCCUACCAUCUCCCUUUCCGACGAAGACCCCCCCAAGACUCCCACGUCUGCCGAGCGCUCGAGGAGCAACAGCAACGGUUCCGAACACAGUGCACAAGUCGACUGGGCCGAGCUGGAGAAGAAGGAGGAACAGGAGCCGCAGGAGGAGGGCCAGGAUGAGUCAAUGGCGCUCCUCCUCGCGCGUCUGGAGCAGGAGAACAAUGCCCUCAUGGCUGAUUCGAAAGCUACUAACAUGAAAGCUUCCCGCGCCCGAUCCCAAUCACGCCCACCCUCGAUGCACCAGUUGAAAAAGUUGGUUGAAGACGGUGCUGCAGACAUGCGCGCUUCUCAACUCCCUUCACCACCACCUAUGACCGAGCUCGAAUUCUGGGCCGCCCUCGUGCGAGACUACCCACAAACAGUGCAACGCCUGCCUACACUCACUCUCAACAAGAUUCGUAGUGGCAUCCCAGCGCCGCUGCGUGGAGUCGUGUGGCAGAGUGCUUCAGGAGCAAGGGCAAAAUUGAUUGAAGAUCAAUAUGACCAGCUGUGCGGGGAGUCAAGUCCAUAUGAGAACAUCAUCAACAAGGAUCUGGGUAGGAGCUUUCCUGGGGUGGAAAUGUUCAAGGAUCCUGAUGGUGAAGGUCAGAAGAUGCUCGGGCGUGUGCUCAAGUGCUUCAGUCUCUACGAUGACAAGAUUGGGUACUGUCAGGGUUUGGGCUUCCUAGUCGGCCCGCUCUUGAUGCAGAUGGGCGAUAAGGAAGCCUUCUGCGUGCUUGUGCGGCUCAUGGAAGAUUACGACCUAAGAGCGUGCUUUCUCCCCGACCUAUCUGGACUACAUCUCCGCAUCUUCCAGUUCCAGCGUCUUUUGCAACAGCAUAUGCCCAAACUCGCAGCACAUCUCGAGGAGCUCGGAGUAGAAACGGCUUAUGCGUCGUCGUGGUUUUUGUCCUUCUUCGCAACGACAUGUCCGCUUCCAAUGCUCUUCCGCAUCUACGAUGUACUGUUCGCCGAAGGCGCUUCGGAAACCAUCAUGCGCGUGGCUCUUGCGCUCAUGAGGAGGAAUGAGAAAAGACUCUUGGCUCUGACUGAGUUCGAAGAUGUUAUGCAACUACUCCUGAGCAGGGCAAUGUGGGAUCCGUACGGGCGUAAUGCACGGUCUGCCAAUGACCUUGUCAAAGACUUCGUCAGCUUCACGGAAGCCGUCACACGGGAGAAGCUGCAGGGCUUGGAGGCAAUCUAUAAGGAAGAGCAGGAUGCUGUGGAGAAGACCAAAGUGCAAAAUUCCGCUACUUCCUUCCUCGGCCGAUUGUGGGGCGGAUCGAACUCGACUAAAUCGGUUGCUCUCAGCCCCGGCUUGACUGCCCCGUCACGGCCAUUGAGUUUCUUACGAAGAACGCCCUCUACACAAAGCCUUGCAUCUACCCUUAAAUCCGCGGAUGGAUCAGAGUCAUCUACCAACACGCAAAGCACGGCGCUGACGGACAUCUCGCGAGCUUCGGAGGCUCCAUCUAUCAAGAUUGGCCAUGAGUCGAGAGCUCUGUCUAUCAAGACGGGUCAUUCGUCGAACGAUAGAGACUUGCACUACCAGAUCGAGCAGUUGUUGAUGUCCGUCAGUCAGUUACAACGUUCGAACAGCGAGCUUGAGGCUGCUCUCCAGAAGCAGCGAGAAGAGCGAAAGGAGGAUCACCGCAUCGUACGUGCGGUCCUUGACAAGAUGCGAUCAAAGCCAUCUUCUCUUGCUACACCAUCGGAUCGAGCAUCUCGCCGCAGAACUACCAUCACAGCUGCCACGCUUGUUCAAGCGACUGAUGAGGGGCAUAACGCAUCUCUGCCUCAAGAGUUGGAGGGUGCUGCCAAGACUCUGGAUGAACGGUUCCCGACGCAUCAGACCCACCACCGCGCGUCUUCGAUGUUUGAAACAAAACAGGUUUUGCGCGAUAAUCUUGCUCGUGCAAAAGACCAGUUGACUUCGGAGUCAUUACGCGCCCAGGCUGUGACGAGGGAGCUGAACGAUGUACAGGCUGACCUAAACAUAUCACGAGAGGCUCUCAAGGAGACUCGACAUCGUCUGCAGGAUUCCUACAACCAGAACCAGAAGCUGGAGAAGACGAUUCAGGAACUACGGCAAAACGUCCGCAAGGGUUCAGUACCUUUUUCGGAAGGGACCCCAGAUUCAACACCGUCUCUAUCAAGAUCGAACACGACAGAAAGCAUGGCGUCUACAAGAGGGGGUCUCCGCGAGUUCAAACUCGGUCGAUCGGACUCUACAAAGUCUAUGAAAGCGCCGAUAACUUUCGCAAAGCGGGCUUCAUCGCUUGCUACGCAGCAGGUGCUCACCAUUACAGACAACCAGGCUCCCGCGGACAACGAGGCACUACUUCUCGAGCUUGUGAACGCGAAGACGGCAGAGGCUGUCGCCAAACAGGAGCUCGAAGAGAUAAAGAAUAGGUUCGAGAACAUGAAGAAGGCAAUGAACGCGCAAACACCACCGGCAGCGAAAGCCACGCCUGCUGCACCCGCAGCGACACCAGCGCCGACAGCUGCAGCGCCGACACCGGCCGCGAGCGCUGGAGGCGGAUGGGGCUGGGGCGGAUGGAAGAGGACCCCCAGCACGACCAAUGCUACGAUUCCGAAAUAG